AUGGCUCUUUCUAAUCCCACUGCUACUCUGUCCUUCAAAUGCAUAAUUGAUUCCCACCCUUCAAAGCCAAAUCCUCUAUUUUCAUCAUCCUCACCACCAAAAUUGAACACCACCCACCUCAUAUUACAAGUAGCUGAUUCUGGGAAGUGGAGGAACAUGGUUUCAUUUUUCCCAGGUUUUCUAUCUAAAGGUAGAGAUGUUGAGAGCCUCAAGCUGGAGCUCUAUGAAAGAAUUGCACCCCUUGACAGAGGUGCUGAGGCUACUCCUGAGGACCAACAACGUGUGGAACAGAUUGCUCGUAAACUUGAGGCUGAGGCUGUGAAUAUUGUCAAGGAGCCUCUCAGGUCUGAUUUGCUCAAUGGGAAAUGGGAGCUUUUGUAUACGACGUCUCAAUCAAUUCUGCAAACACAGAGACCGAAAUUCUUGCGACCAAAUGGAAAGAUAUAUCAGGCCAUCAACGUGGAUAGCUUGAGAGCUCAAAAUAUUGAAACUUGGCCGUUCUACAACCAGGCCACUGCCAAUUUAGUGCCUCUUAACUCAAGAAGAGUGGCUGUCAAGUUUGACUUCUUCAAGAUAGCUAAUCUGAUACCUAUUAAAUCACCUGGGAGUGGUCGUGGUGAGUUGGAAAUUACUUAUUUGGAUGAAGAUUUACGAAUAUCAAGAGGCAAUCGAGGUAAUUUGUUCAUCUUGAAAAUGGUGGAUCCAUCCUAUAGAGUCCCUCUUUGA